AUUAAAACCUAGAGCGUGGUCGUAUCCUCAAUUUCACGCAAGCACUUGGUCCAGUGGUUCCUCUCUUCAUCUUCAACAUUUUAGGUCUUCUCUGUUUCUCAGGUCGAUAUCUCAACGUCGUUGAUAUUACUGAGCAGUUCAGCUUUACUUCAAAACUUUUGUUCCAUUUAAUUCAGUUUCGACCAGUAGGAUUUAUUACCAGGCCUUGAGGUAAGUGACUUACCAACAUGGGAACACAACCCCAACAAACAUUUCGGGAGGAGGAGGAGGAGGAGCUGCCGGGCCGUGGAACCACGAUCUCUGGUCAAUCAAUGUCAACUAGCAGAAGUGUUGGCUCACCAUCCAGCCGCAGUGAGCAGACAAUGGCAACACCAGCUAGUGAUAACACUUUCCUUAGGUUAAACCAUCUUGAUAUACAUGGUGAUGAUGCUGGAUCACAGGGCGCAGUUGCUAGCAAGAAGAAAAAGAGGGGCCAACGUGCUGUUGGAGGUGAUAAGAGUGGAAGAGGUCUCCGCCAGUUUAGUAUGAAAGUGUGUGAGAAGGUAGAAAGCAAGGGAAGAACAACUUACAAUGAGGUAGCUGAUGAACUUGUGGCUGAAUUUGCUGAUCCAAGCAAUGGUGUUUCAACUCCUGAUCAGCAACAAUAUGACGAGAAAAACAUUCGUCGAAGGGUGUAUGAUGCCUUGAAUGUUCUCAUGGCAAUGGAUAUUAUUUCUAAGGAUAAAAAGGAAAUACAAUGGAAGGGUCUUCCUCGUACUAGUCUAAGCGAUAUUGAAGAGCUUAAGACAGAGCGUCUUGGGCUAAGGAAUAGAAUUGAAAAGAAAGCAGCCUAUUUGCAAGAGCUGGAGGAGCAAUAUGUAGGUCUUCAGAAACUUAUACAACGCAAUGAGCAAUUAUAUAGCUCAGGAAACGCUCCCAAUGGAGGUGUGUCUUUGCCUUUCAUUCUGGUGCAGACACGCCCCCAUGCAACAGUUGAAGUGGAAAUAUCAGAAGAUAUGCAGCUUGUGCAUUUUGAUUUCAAUAGCACUCCCUUUGAGCUGCAUGAUGAUAACUAUGUUCUCAAGGCAAUGAAAUUUUGUGAGAGGUCUCAGAAUGAUAAUGCAACAGACAAUCCUACAGAUGGCGGUGAAGGUUCUAGCAUGUCAGGGUUGUACCAUGCACAGGUUCCUACUUCAGUUUCAAACCCUCCAAAUAGGACUCCUUCAUCUCCACCCCUUCCUGGAAUAUUAAAGGCAAGAAUUAAGAAUGAGCAUUGAUUGCAAUUUUAUACUACAUUGCGUUAUUUAAGCAUGUUUGUAAAUGUUGUAAAGUAAUUUGUCGGUAAUUAAUAGUCCUCCAUAAUAGUUAACAAGUGCAGCCAAUUCACUCGUUAGGUUAGAAGCAAACCGGUCUGCUUGAGUCUAUAUUCUUCUGGGUUGAUUUUGGCAAAUUCUUUGCUAACCAUAUCCAUUAAUUACUACCUCAAGACCUUAACUGAUUUCCCCCCACAUAUUCAGUGUAUUUGCCCUUUUGUACCUAUAAUAGAGAAAUUGGUUUGUACUGGUCCAUAGAGAUCGUGGAAUGCUAUAUACAUCAGCAUAGGAUUAAUUUUGGAAUUUACAGAUUUUUGUAUAAAUUAUUCCGUCUUAUGUCAAUCUUGAUAUUUGGGUAAGUGCAUCGUAUGAUAUCCUGUUGGACUUUGUGUUGAUAGGGUUUCCUCUAUGCACUACUUGUUUUAUUCAAUAUAUAACUUCGAGGGAAGUUAUUUGGCAAA